AUGGCGACGGCUUUCUUGAAGCUCCUUUUUGUGUCCCCGGAGAUCGAUCCCGGGAACCGCAAGGCCAAAUCCAUUCCAGUACUGAACCCAUUUGACCAAUAUGGCCGGGUGUUUUUCUUCUCAUGGCUUGGUUUUAUGGUUGCAUUCCUAUCGUGGUAUGCAUUUCCACCACUGUUGACCGUCACCAUAAAAAAAGACCUACAUAUGACGCAGGAGGACGUCGCCAACUCGAACAUCGUGGCACUUCUGGCAACACUUUUGGUCCGGUUUGUUGCAGGGCCACUCUGUGAUCGCUUUGGCCCCCGUCUGGUCUUUGUGGGACUCCUGCUCUGUGGUGCCAUUCCCACAGCCAUGGCCGGGCUGGUGACCAACGCCAAGGGACUAAUUGCACUGCGAUUCUUUAUCGGCAUUCUGGGAGGCACUUUUGUUCCGUGCCAGGUCUGGUGCACUGGAUUUUUCGACAAGAAGAUCGUGGGCACUGCCAACUCCCUAGCCGGGGGCUGGGGCAAUGCAGGAGGGGGAAUCACCUACUUUGUGAUGCCCGCCAUUUACGACUCGUUUGUCCAUUCUCGUGGACUGACGCCUCACAAGGCGUGGCGUGUUGCCUACGUGAUCCCGUUCAUCAUCAUCAGCGCCAUUGCCCUGGGCAUGCUGUUCCUGUGUGAGGACACGCCGACAGGCAAAUGGUCUGAUCGAAACCUCUGGGCGAAGGAAGCCAGCCCUAGUGAAUCCCCGUCGUAUGGCAACAUCGUCGACAUCAACUCCAGCAACCCUUCGGCCGGGCCGUCCAGCCCACCAUCGGUUUACAACCUUGGAACAGGCGACAUCGAGAAGAAAGGUGUUCAGACUCCACAAAUUGUCGACAAAGAUGCCUCCUCAGUGGGCCAGAUUGGAACAUUCAAGCAAGAAGCCGUUGUAGCCCUGUCCCACAAGGAAGCUCUGAAUGUCGCCCUGAGCCUAUCCACGCUGGCCGUGGCUAUCCCCUAUGCAUGCUCAUUUGGCUCGGAGCUGGCAAUCAACUCCAUCCUGGGCUCUUACUAUACAGCAAACUUCCCCCGCAUGGGCCAAACCGAAACCGGCCAGUGGGCAGCGAUGUUUGGCCUGCUGAACGUGGUCUUCCGGCCAGCAGGAGGAUUUUUCGCGGACCUUCUCUAUCGGUCUACGGACUCGGUGUGGUCGAAAAAGCUGCUGUUGUCGUUUCUGGGAAUUGUCAUGGGGGCAUUUGAGCUUGCAAUCGGUCUGUCCAACCCCACACGCGAGGCUACUAUGUUCGGGCUCGUGGCUGGCUUGGCCUUUUUCCUGGAGGCGUGCAAUGGUGCCAACUUUGCCGUGGUGCCUCAUGUGUAUCCGUUUGCCAACGGCAUUGUAUCCGGUCUUGUUGGUGGGUUCGGUAAUCUGGGCGGAAUCAUCUUCGCCAUCAUCUUCAGAUAUAAUGCGGAGCAUUAUGCUCAGUCGUUGUGGAUCAUUGGUGUCAUCUCGCUAGCGGCUAACUUGGCUGUCAGUUGGAUUCGUCCUGUUCCCAAAAGCCAAAUGGCCCGGGCAUGA